GUCAACUUGGUUUGCCCAGGAUAUCAUGCCGGGGCAUCACCACAACUGUUCUCAGUACUAGUUAAAUGUCUGUCGUGCUCAUGACAUGCCUACCUACUUUUGGUCUUCUCCCCCAUGAUCUUCUUCCCGGAACGUUGAACUCCGCGCCAUCAUUGCUUCUCUCCUCUUGUGCAUCAACAUCGUCGAAAUAUUCUUCAGUUCUUGUUCCAUGCUUCUCUCCCUCCAUUUGGCUUUGUGAUCACGAGGAAGCAGGAAGAGGGACAAAGCAACAUAAGGGAUAGUUGGCUAAGAUGGUGGAAACAGUGGGGUCAUUUGGGAGCAGAAACGUCGGCGUUGCGGGAAUGAGCAGCACUCUGGAGGAGGUGCAGAUGCAGGAGACCCUCAUCUUCUCUGACACCAUCAAGGAUCUCAAGACAUUUAGGUCGCAGCUGUACUCUGCCGCAGAGUACUUUGAACUUGCCUACAUGCAGGAAGAGGAAAAGCAGGCCGUGAUGAACAACCUGAAGGAGUACGCCGUGAAGGCCCUUGUCAACACUGUUGAUCACGUGGGGUCCAUAUCUUUCAAGGUCUCCAGCCUCAUCGAUCAAAGGUUCGAUGAGGUCUCUUACGCCAAUCUUCGGGUCUCCUGCAUCCAGCAGAGAACUCAAAUCAGCCAAGGGUUCAUGGACAGGGAAGGCCUUUCACAGCAAUCCUUGGUGAUCACUGCCCCUAAGUAUCACAAGAGGUACAUCUUGCCAGCUGGAGAUGAGUCAAUGCCCAGUGCCGUGCCCAACUUCAGGGAGAUGAAUAAGGUCACGAACAGGGCUGCACAGACGCAUCAAGUAUUCAGUGCAGCAGCAGCCCAACCAAAAAUCAAAGAGAAGCAACCUUCAUUCAGCAAGCUGCGAUCGAUUGCCCGUGCAUCUUCGCAGCGUGCACGCUCAUCAUCACCAGCACAACGUUCACGUUCUGUGCCACCAUCUGAGACAGCUAUACCCACUAACAGAGACAAGCAAUCAGAUUCGCAAAUUCCUUCAACAACUCCAUUGACAAGGUCUGGAUCACUCUCAAAGAAGGCAUCCCUGCUCAAGACAUCAAGUGCCAGAGUACAGACCACCUCACAGCACAAGAAUUUGGCACCGCUGAGGUCACGAGCUGACAGGAGCAACGACACCAAGGAAGGUGAGCAGACUCCAAAGAAGAGCAGGAAGUUCCUGAAGUCGCUGCUCAGCAGGCGCAGGUCCAGAAAAGAUGAGCCGUUGCCAAGUUAUUUCGACGACUACUGAGCCCUUAACACCAGAUUGCUUUGCUCCCUCUGACAGAUGGCCCCACGAUCUCUGCACACUCCUACAUCAGUGUUUUCAUUCAAAGUGUUAUAUGUCCUCGGUAUAAAUAUUGUCAAUGUAUAGCAGUAGCAUAAAGGUUGGUACAAGAAUGUAAGUUCAAGAUGGGAAGUUGCAGAGAGAUGUCACACGAACUUGAUUGUUUUUGUAAGAGCUGGAUCAUGAGUCUGAAGCUUUGUUUGUAAAAGCUCUGGUUCGUUCAGAGGCCAUCUGUAAAUAGUAGGGCUUCAGCUGGAAUUCGUGAUCAGAAGUCUAUAUCAACUCUGUUUCA